UACUGCGAAACUAUACGCUUCCCGCCGUGGGCUGCUUUUCUUAUUUAUACAGUAAAAACAACUCGUCGGUACAUCUAUUACAAUCACCGUGAAAUUCAAUUGAUCGAUUUGUCCCUUGUACACAGCAAAUUGAUCUUGGAAGAAUGGGUCGUUUACUGGCUCGUAGAAUCGAGCAAUAAAUUAAUCCGACAAACCAAUCAUUUCGCACGAUCGUCCGGUUGAGCUAGUUGAGUCGCACCGCUUCGAUUGGCGCUCUCGAUGUUAUGCUUCUCUCUCUCUCGACUCUCUAUCUCUUGCUCAUUUUCCUUCACACUCCAACAACGUGCUCUGUGUCAGUGAACCUUGCCAACAAGAGCAAAGUGUGAAAGGCGGUUCCAUGUGGACGGAGGAUAGGGGCUGGUUCGCUGGACCCAGGUAGCAAAGGAUUUGAGCUGCUGUAGAAUCGUCCUAUCUCGCAGGUUCACUCGAACAACUUGAAUCAACUCGAAGAACCUAAUUUCCAUUUUUUUUUGGAACUCUAUUGCAUAGUAUACUUGAGUAAUGACUACUUGUCGAUAGAACAAGUUUGACUUGUCAAUCUUGUAUAGCAGAAUAACCGUUGGAACAAUUUUCAUAAAUCUUUUCGAGACCCAGAAGUUUUAGACAACAAACUUUCAUGCUGGUAUGAGAUAUCUCAUGCUCAUACGAAAAUGCUUUUUUUAAGGAAUAUAAACGACAUGUAAAAUUCAAUUGACAGCCUGUUGGUAGAGAAAUAAUUGAAAUUACUGCUGUUGAAUUUGGCAAUGCGUUACAGGAUUUUUUCAAUUUAUAUGCUUCUUUUUCUGAGACCAAAAUUCCAUAUUCCACAUUCAGAUACAGAGAAGUAAAAAAAGGUCUUUGUCCAAGCGGAAGUAGAUUCUGUGAGAGGUUUUCCAAUAAAAAAAAAAAGAAAGUUCAUUCUGAAUUAUAUCAAAAUUGCUAUCUCUAAAUUGCAUCUGCCUUUCUUUGCUCAUAGACGAUGCUUAUCGUUUAAAUGGACAUCAUAAAGAACGAUAUUAAAAUGAAUUUAAUAGAUUAUAUCUUUAUGGAUCUUUCAUGUCAGGGAAAUGACUAUGAUAUUGGAACAAGCUGCUUUUUAAGGCUUGAUAGCGGAAAAGAUAUUAUAGGAAGUUCUCCAAUGCAGAAAAUCUAGCGAAUAACUGAAUCUUAAAAAGAUGAAUAAAUGUAAAUUACAAACAAAAAUGUUGAUUUAACAUAUCAACGAUUCUUGAAUAUUAUUCAAGAAAUUCUUGUUCCAAAAUUUGUGAAUAACAUCACUCAAUUUCAUUGUUGCUUGGGUCACUUUUCUGAGACUUCUAAAAGUAAAAAUCGAAGCUUCUUAUUUCUAAUUUUUGUUCCACAAUUUUCUCAGAGUUUAUCUAAAUCAGUCAUGUCUAAAAUCUCCCAUGGCUUGGAGAGGUUCGUAUAUGCUAUAUAUUUGGAUGCAUGUUGAAAGUCUUGAUCAACGCCCAUUGAGCGUUUAAAUCUGUUGCUAUUAAGCCUGACUGGUGUGUCGUUGCAAGCAAAAAAAUGGAAAAGAGGCUGUUGGCCGACUUUUGAUUAACGGUCACCCAAAUCUACUUUAUCCCACAGUCCUUCAAUGGUCCAGAGGUGUUCGCAGGUCUCACAUAUACUUAUUCAUCUUUACACAGAUAAGCACUAUAUUGUUAUAAAUUAAGGAAAUCAUUCAACAAUGACUGGUGGAAUUUACGAGAGUGGCUGAAAAGAUUGCUUACGGAAAUAUUUAGACAGGAUAAAGAAAUCAUAAUACCUCAGGUCACGACCUUUCCGAGCUCACUUCGCAAAGCAGCGAAACGAAUUGCAUAAUACAUCGUGGCAAAUGCUUUUAUAAAAUACGAGGAAAUGAGAAGCAUGCUAAAAUUUUUUUAUGACAUCCUCCGAAUACUGAGCGCAUAUAAUGGUGUAUUUUUCAAGUACAUCGAGCAGCAAGGGAAUGCCGAGCUUUGUUGUUCGUACGUAUGUAUUGUUGCAUCAACCGACUCGGUAAUUGUAUUCGAUGAACACAGGCAUGACAAGAAAAGCGGUACUUACCAUCAAAUAUCCUGAUUUUUAUGACUCAAUGAUGAAAAUAUUAGCUAUACCGGUCUCCACGUACGACAAACAUAUGUAACUCUGUAUUUUUUUCGUUUAGCUAAGAAUUACACCACACAACAAAGGGUAAACAUAAAACUGAAAAAAAACACAAAGCUUUUGUGCACGCGGUAAGAAAGGACUUUACAGAUUUGAGCGCGUACAUUUGAAUUGAACGAUUACGGGAAAGAUCCGGGUGGCGCCGUCCAGCGACAAACAUUAUUAACUAUAAACCAAGAAUAUUGUUACCAUCGGUAAGAGUGUCUCGAAAAAUUAACGAGUAUCUGGCGUCUUCGUAUACGACGUCCGUUGGACAGACUCUAAAGGCCUUCUGACCAAUGAGAUAUUAGCUGAACGAUACAUCGACCAAUCGGAGGUUAAUCGAGGGCACAAAACUCAGGUUCCCCAGCAAUAUGGCUGUCAGUAUAAAUUUGAUGCUUGUAACAUGCCUUUCUCUCCGAAAAAUCGUCAAAAUCAAAAGAUUAUCCGUCAUUUUUUUACGAAUAUCGAGCGUGAUGUGACUCUUCAUAAAGCUAUUGAAUGGCAAUUGGCAAUGAGGGUCAGCUGAAAUAACGAACGAGCGUUUAGCAUAAAAAAGGAGACGCUUGCAGAUUCACGGACGAAUUUAGAAACUAGAGGAGAGAGGGAAAAAGACAAUGGCUUCAAGAUUGGACAGACUUUUCAUACUCCUGGAGACUGGAACAAAUGCGGUGACGAAGCGAGCAGCCGCGCAACAAUUAGGAGAAGCUCAGAGACUUCAUCCUCACGAGUUGCAUCAUUUGUUGGCCAGAGUGUCAGCGUUAUUGAAAUCGCCUCAAUGGGAUACGAGGGUGUCUGCCGCUCAUGCCAUACAAGCAAUACUUGCUCAAGUUCCACAAUGGGAUCCAGAACCUUCUAAAGACGAAAUACACGAUACCGGUGGUAGCGAUACAGCAAGAGAGGGGAAUACUAACAAUCGCUUGACUCUAGAGGGUUUCGACAUGGUACAAUUAUUGGCGAGAAGCUCUCAUCUGACUGGAUCCGAGGGAAAAGAGUACGACCUCGUCGUAUCCGAUGGAGAUCAAAACGCGAGUGUUCAACAGGGUGAAAAAUUAUUGGCAGCGAGGCUUGGGCUGGAUCCAAGGAUAACGGGUGUCGAUACGGCAGAAUUAUUUACAGCGGAGGAUUUAACAUUGCCAAUGGCUCCGUGCGGGACGACAACGGGACUCGGCAAAGUUUCGAUCAACGAGGCACUAGCUCAACCAGUGUCGGGUGGUUUGAGUAGGCGUGAAAUGAAUCGAGCGAGGCGCAAAGCUCGACAAUCUUUGUCGAAGCAACGUUCCCGAGAUCCCGACGAUAGUCAAGAACCGAAUCAGCCGUCCAGUAACUCGGUAGAAUCUCUGAAGAAGAAAAUCAAAUUGGAGGAAAGCGUCACGACGAUGCCUGCAAUGGGUGAGCCGUCCUCGUCGAAUUCAAGCGUUAGCGCGAUCAGUCAAGAUUCAGGGGGAGUAAGUGGAGGGGGAUCGACAAAUUUUCACGGAGCUGUACCGGACGGGACCGGUUGUUGGCCCGAAAGCGCAAUCGAUUGGCCACUCGAGUCCUUCAGUGAAUCUCUCUGUCAAGAUCUCUUUGGUCAAAAGUGGGAAGUGCGCCACGGAGCGGCAACGGCGCUACGGGAGCUCAUACGCUUGCACGGUAAAGGGGCAGGCAAGUCGAAGGAUCAAACGAAAAGUGAAAUGGAGGAGAGUCAUCGUCGGUGGGUGAUCGACGCGGCACUUCGACUCUUGUGUGUUUUGGGUCUCGAUCGAUUCGGCGAUUACGUGUCCGAUCAGGUCGUCGCACCGGUCAGAGAAACUUGCGCUCAAGCCCUCGGUUCUCUCGUACUGCUAAUGCAGAAUAGUGAGAACAAGGAUGUGAUGGGUAUACUGGACGUGACGCUGAAGCUUCUGGAACACGACGAAUGGGAAGCGCGUCACGGAGCUCUUCUCGCGUUGAAGUAUUUACUCGCUGUACGGGAUGACCUUCUCGACGAGUUAUUACCGCGAGCAUUUCCAGCGGCUAUGCGCGGACUGGCGGAUCCGGUGGAUGACGUGGGCGCUGCAGCGGCGAGUGCGCUUAUACCGGUUGCCACGGCGCUCCCAAGACUUCUUCAUCCGAACCAGCUGCAGGCCGUAAUCGCAAGGCUCUGGGAAUUGUUGCGCGAGCAAGAUGAUCUGGCGGCAGCUUGCAACAGUUUUAUGGGUUUAUUAGCUGCAAUAAUAUCGUUACCAGCGGCUCGGGCUUGUCUCAGUCCCCAACCGCUGUCAGAAGUUUUGCCGAGGCUUUGGCCGUUUCUCAGUCACUCAAGUUCGAGCGUGCGGAAAGCAACGCUGCAAACUCUUCAAACACUUACGGGAGAAGACGUCGACCGUAGCGAGGAUCGACGGGAACGUUGGGGCGAGGAUGGCAGCGUGGUUUUGCAAGAGGCUCUGCGCAAUGUGUUUCAGCGGGUACUUAUCGAGCACGUAGCCCCGAUACAACAGGUAGCCGAAAAAGUCUGGGAAAAUCUCGUGGUGCGCAGUGAUUUAGAGAUGUUGUUGCACGCGGCUUGUCCACUCGUGAGCACGUGGCUCUGCUUGGCGAUGCAACCGGAGCACGUGCCAUUUAAUCCCGGUCUUUUGUGCAACAGUUCGGUGCCACCGAUAGCCAGACAGCCCAGGCCGACGAAUGGUACGAACGGGGAAGGACAUCAACAACAACAACAACAACAACAACAACAACAACAACAGCAGCAGCAGCAGCAGCAACAGCAACUCGACUGUGGAAGUAGCAAUGGCAGCGUCAAAUCUACUACGAGCGAGCUCAAAGUCUACAUCGGAGGAAUCGAAACUGUCGCUCAGAACACGCGAAGAGCGAAUAGCAUUAGAGCGAGGUGCAUGGCUGCGAGAAUGCUUGGUCUGUUGUCUCGUUACGUCGUUCAACCAGCCCCCGGUGUCGUUUAUACACCGGACAUACCAAGCCCUGACUUGUGUUACGCGAGAGUACUCCUUGCCCACCUCGCCUCGCGUUCGGCGCUCCAAAGGACCGUAGUAGGUCUGACGAUGGCUCACUGGGCCGCCCUCGAGCAACCGAAACCUCCCGAAAUACCUGAAAUUCUCAGUGAAAAGCUUCUCGGUUGUCUCACCGAGUGCGUAUAUUAUGACGAAAUCGCCGGUGCAUUCACGAGGCUCCUUCACGAUAGUCGCGACUACGUCGCAACCCUCAAACACUAUAAACUUUUGUUGCCGCUCGACGACGAACCAGCCACUGUAAUGACUCUCGAACAAAUAUCAAAUUUAGCAGCGAAACCUGUCGGAGGCUUACUACUUUCAUCCACAGGUACAACCACCGGAACACCCAACGCCAACAAUGCGGCACACAAACUCAAACCAAAGCUCAUACAGAGUCUCGAGGAGAGAAGAAAAGCUCUUGAAAUCGGUGCUUCUGGCACUGCCGCUCAGCAACAAGCUCUCAACGUUAUGUCAAUGGCAGCUCUCGCUGGAUCAGCCACCAUGUUUCAUUGCUUACCGCAAGCUCCGCGCCCCUUGAAUCCUCUCGUGAAACCUCUCAUGGAAGCCAUCAAACGCGAGGAGGACGAAGAUUUGCAAAAACUUGCCGCCAAACACCUCGCACAUCUGGUCGAUCUCUGUGCCGAUCGUACACCAUCACCCAACACUAAAAUAACUACAAAUUUGUGUACAUUCUUAUGCUCUGACUUGGAAUUUACACCGAGGCUCACCGAGCAAAAGGAAGUCAACCCGUACGACGGUAUUUUGACGCUGAAUAAUCGUCAAAGACACGCCGAACGCAUAGCUUACAACCGAGGGGCUGGAUGCGGAGGUGUCGGGGGCGGGAGAGGGCCCGGAAGACCACCGGCGACUGAUAUACCCCUGGAAGAGUUGCUCGCUUGCGAGGAACCCGAGGCGAAGGCAUCACGAACUCGUCGACGCGGUGCAACUCUAGCACUCACUGCCAUAGCGAAUCUCAUAGGAGCACGAUUGCCGAGCCGACUACCACAUUUGUGGCAAUUGAUGAUCGUGAACAAUCAGAAGAACGAAGACGUUGCGUUCUCAGGCUUGAACGGCGACGAGGCUGUUGAAAAAAUUCGGGAUGAUGUUAACAAUUUGGUAUUCGGAUUGCAAGUUUUGGAAAUAAUGGGACCAAGUUUAGAUCGUUCUCUUCUGCCACCUGUGAUGGAGUGUUUGCCACGGCUGUGCUCGCUGCUGACUCAUCCGUACAAGGUCGUCAGACACAUGGCGUCCCGUUGUUUGUCCGCGUUGGCCGAUUUGGACACGAAAAAAGUGAUGGAAUACGUGGUUCGCUUGGUUGUGCCACUCUUAGAGAUUCGAAACAACGACGUGAGCGGGAGCAAGGGAGACUCCCGAGUGAUCGCUACUCCGAAUGAUUUUGACAUACGUCGUCAGGGGGCGGCCGAGGCGCUUACAUGCAUUGUAGAAAAUUUGGGUGUUCGGGUCGUGCCUUAUGCCGUACUUUUCAUGAUUCCUUUACUCGGCAGGAUGAGCGAUCAAAACACUGCUGUGAGAUUAGCCUGCAGCGCAACACUUGCGACGCUCGUUCAAUUGUUGCCGUUGGACCCAGGCUCGAUAUCCGAUCCACCGGAGCUAAUGAUGGAAAAAGCUCAAGAGAGACGUUUUCUCGAACAACUAUUGAAUCCUCGGAGUAUUCCCGACGCCAAAUUGCCGGUAAACGUUGCCGCGGAAUUGCGCUCUUACCAACAGCAGGGUCUCAAUUGGCUCGACUUUUUAAAUCGUUAUCAACUUCACGGUGUACUCUGCGACGACAUGGGCCUCGGGAAAACGCUUCAAACACUGUGCAUACUCGCUCUCGAUCACCAUCGGAAUCCCAAAGCACCGGCGAGCCUCGUAGUUUGCCCACCUACGUUGACCGGUCAUUGGGUCUACGAAGUUGAGAAAUUCAUUCCAUCUCAGGAUCUAUCGGUCAUUCAGUACGCCGGUACACCGCCCGAACGCGAGAAACUUCGUUCACGAGCGAUGCAUUAUCGGCUGGUCGUUGCCAGCUACGACAUCGUACGUAAAGACAUUGACUUUUUCGAGGCUGUACAAUGGAAUUAUUGCGUACUUGACGAGGGCCACGUCAUAAAAAAUGGCAAAACGAAAAGUGCUAAAGCCGCUAAAAAACUGCGUGCUCACCAUCGCCUCAUUCUUUCCGGCACACCCGUACAAAACGACGUACUCGAAUUGUGGUCUCUUUUUGAUUUUCUUAUGCCCGGAUUUUUGGGUAGCGAAAAACAAUUUGCUGCUAAAUACUCAAGGCCCAUUCUCGCGUGCAGAGAACCCAAGGCUGGGCCCAAGGAGCAAGAAACUGGUGCAUUGGCUAUGGAAGCUCUGCAUCGACAGGUUUUGCCAUUCCUAUUACGUCGCAACAAGGAAGAUGUACUCAAAGAUUUACCACCGAAAAUCACUCAGGAUUACUAUUGCGAUUUGUCACCGAUACAACGAAGUCUUUACGAAGAUUUCCGUACCCGACACUCGGCGACUUUGAUGAAUACUUCUUCGGACUCGACGACUAACGAAGCAAAUAAUUCGCCACGGGGCCACGUCUUCGAGGCGCUUCGCUAUCUUCGUAAUGUCUGUAACCAUCCGAAGCUUGUGCUGAGCCCCCGCCACCCCCAGUACCAAUCGGUAUGCGCCCAAAUAAAGCAGCAACAAACUACGUUAACGGAUAUCGAGAUCGCAGCAAAAUUGCCAGCCCUGAAACAACUUUUGAUCGAUUGUGGUAUCGGCCAGGCCCAACAACCGCACCAACAACAGCAAAUCGUGUCGCAAUCGUCGCGUAAAAAUAGUGUAAUAACGACGAGUCUUUUGCCGAGUUCUCUUGGCGAUGCUCCACCAACCGCGCCGCCACAACAGUUGGUCAGCCAGCAUCGGGCUCUCAUAUUUUGUCAAUUGAAGGCCAUGCUCGAUAUCGUCGAGAAAGAUUUGCUCAGUGUUCACUUGCCUACCGUGACAUAUCUGCGAUUGGACGGCAGCGUACCGGCAACACAGAGACACGCAAUCGUCGCACGCUUCAACGCUGAUCCUUCCAUAGACGUGCUGUUACUUACUACUCAAGUCGGUGGUCUCGGGCUCAACCUUACCGGCGCCGAUACUGUCAUAUUCGUCGAACACGAUUGGAAUCCAAUGAAAGAUCUCCAAGCCAUGGAUCGAGCUCAUCGCAUCGGACAGAAAAAAGUUGUAAAUGUUUAUCGACUCAUCACAAGAUCUACCGUCGAAGAAAAGAUUAUGGGCUUGCAAAAAUUCAAAUUGCACACAGCCAAUACCGUUAUAUCGACUGAUAAUUCCUCCAUCAGCACUAUGGGCACAGACCAACUGCUGGAUUUAUUUUCUCUGGACAACGGAAAGGAUUCGAAGUCGAGUACUCAAGGCGACACGAGUGCGGCAACGAAAAACGUCAUAAGUGGAGUUCCCGGUGUCGCUAAAUCGGUGUUUGAAAUAUUGCCAGAAUUGUGGGAGCAACAACAGUACGACGACGAGUACGAUCUUGAUGCUUUUCUCGCUACACUUAAAUCGAGUGACAGCCAGUGAGAAGGAUCAUCGCACGGUAUUAGACAGAAUAAAUAAAGAAGAGACGAUCGAGCGUAUGUGCGUUUGAGCAAAGAUAAUUAUUACGCGUGUCGACGAAAGAAAAAAGCCAGGAAGAGAAAAAAGUAAACCUGCGCGCGUUUAGAUUUCUUAAACAACAGAACGACAAGUACAAACGUCGAAAUAUUGCAUCUUUCCGGAUAAAAAUGAAAAUUCACAUAAUUAAGCACACAGCGGCGAGUUUGGAUGGCAAAAUACGACUCGAAACCGACGCGUACACCAUGCUAUUAAAGUGAUAUUUGCGAUAAAAAAAACACACCAA